AUGGGUGUAGAAGAUCAACCACAAACUCAACCACAAACUCAACCACAACAACAACCACAAAUGGGAUAUCAACCACAAAUGGGAUACCAACCACAAGCACAAAUGGGAUACCAACCACAAGCAGCACCAAUGGGUUACCCACAACAACCAAUUUAUCAACAACAACCACAAAUGGGAUAUCAACCACCAAUGGGAUAUCAACCACAAGUUGGAUACCAACAACAACCACCACAACCAGUUUACCAAACUUAUUGUCAUGAUGAUCAUCAACCAUUACUUCAUGCAAAUGUAGUUGUUACAACAACUCAACCAACCGUUAUUCGUAAAUCAAAUUCAAAUGAAGAGACAGCAGCUGUUAUUGUUUUCAUUAUUGGUUUCUUCUUUUCAAUCGUUUGGCUCGGUGGUUUCUUCUUUAUUAAAUCAAAAUCAAAGACUGCUCGUACAUUUGGUAUCCUUUCAGUUGUUUUCUUCUUCCUUGUCCUUGUAAUUGUUGUUAUUGUUGUAUCUGUAACUGUGACCGCUGCCGAGAAAAUAGCAGAGGAAAAUAAAGACUACUAUUAUUCGACAUCGACUGGUUAUUACUCAACCACUGGUUAUUAUUCUACCACCACAAGUUACACAACUUACUAUUAA